CUCUGUGGAUUAGACCUCCUCAGCAUCAGGUGUUUGACGGCUGAGGCCUGUGAUUGGCUGAAGAUGAGGUGUUUGUGGGCGGGUCUUGUGGCUCUUCUGCUGCUCUCAUUGGCUCAGGCUCAGGAAGUGGAGCCAGUUUCUGGUCUGAAGUUCCAGAUCCUGAGCGAGUCCUCGGUCCAAAUGUCCUGGGCCAGACCCAGGUCCAGAGUCCAGGGCUUCAGGAUCACAGUCACCUCUGAUACAGAUGAGGAGUCUAAGGAGCUGACCCUACCAGCCUCAACCUCCAGCACCUCCCUGACUUCCCUCUCUCCAGACGUGGACUACUCCGUCUCCAUUGUGGCCUUCAAUGGACCCAACGAGAGUGAACCGGUGUCAGGCAAAAUCACACUGCAGGCCAGCGGAGGCAGCAGAGAGAGCCCCAGGAGAGCGCCCCCUUUAGAUGCCGUCAAAUGCUCAGCGGGUGCAGCAGUUGACCUGGUCCUGAUGCUCGACAUUUCUCAGGGUCCAGACCAGACCAAACUUCAACAUGUGAAGUCGCUGUUCACCGCCAUUGCCGCCGCCUUCACCAUUGGACCGGAGCAGACGCGAGUGAGCGUGGCCUCUUUUGCUUACCGCCAAAACGCCGAGUUCAGCCUGAGCGAUCACAUGACCCUCCCUGCCGUCAAAGCCGCCAUCGCUCGCUUGGCUCCACGUGGACUCGGAAAACAGGCGCGCACAGGAGCGGCUCUGCUUUUCGCUCGCCUGAACUCUUUCAGGCCUGAGUCUGGGUCUCGGUCUGGAUUUCCCAAAGUCUUGGUCCUGGUCACAGAAAGGCCCAGUAAAACCCAAGUCCAAGAUGAAGCCCAGGCUCUGAAGAACCGAGGAGUGGAGAUCUUUGUACUUGGUGUGCAGGGAGCAGAUGAAGCUCAGAUGAUGCAGAUGGCCUCCUCUCCUCACCAGAACCACAUCUUCAGUGUCUCUUCUUAUGAAAACUUGAGGAGCAUCCAGAGGAACCUGAUCUUGAACAUCUGCGCUGGAGUGGAGGAGCAGCUCAGUGCUCUCGCCAGCGGCUUCGAAGUGGUUGAGCCAGCCAAGAACCUGGACAUUGUGGAGGUUUUGUCCAAGUCUCUGCGUCUCCGCUGGGACCCAUCUUCCUCUGAUGUCAGCGGCUACAGGCUGCAAGUGAUCCCUCUGUCCAGCGAGGGCAACAGACAGGAGCUGUACGUGACCUCUCAGACGACCUCUGCCCUGGUGAAGGACCUGACCCCACAGACAGUCUAUAAUGUCUUCCUGUAUGCACUCAAAGAUCUGACGGCCAGCGAACACACCUCAGCCUCUGCGGUGACGCUGCCUCUGCAAGUGUCCAUGGAGUGUUCUUUGGGUGUGGACGUUCAGGCUGACGUGGUUCUCCUAGUGGACGGCUCCUACAGCAUUGGUCCUUCAAACUUUGCCAAAGUCCGAGCAUUUCUUGAAAUCCUGGUCAAGACCUUCGACAUCGGACCCGACAAAGUCCAGAUCAGCCUGGUCCAGUACAGUCGAGACCCGCACCCCGAGUUCUACCUCAACACGCACCAGGACUUGGACUCGGUGCUCAGAGCGAUCCGCACAUUCCCGUACCGCGGCGGCUCCACAAACACAGGGCGUGCGCUCACGUAUGUCCGUGAUAGAGUCCUCCAGGCCAGUAGAGGCGCCAGAGCACAGGUCCCCACAGUUACCAUCCUCAUCACCGAUGGGAAGUCGUCCGACGCCUUCAGAGAUUCUGCCUCCAAACUGCGCGCCGACGAUGUUGAAGUGUUUGCUGUUGGAGUCAAAGAAGCGGUACGCAGUGAGCUGGAGGCCAUAGCGAGUGACCCUCCUCAGACUCACGUGUUUGAGGUGGAGGACUUCGACGCAUUUCAGAAGAUCUCCAGAGAACUGACCCAGUCCAUCUGCCUGAGGAUCGAGCAGGAGCUGAGCCGGAUCCAGCAGCAACAGCUGGUGGCGCCACGCUCUCUCUCCUUCUCGGAGAUUGGCUCCCGGAGCAUGAGGGCGUCAUGGGCGAUCGACGCUCCCAACGUGGAGGCUUUUCUGGUGAAGUUCCGGCCGGCUCCUGAGGGGGACGCUGCUGAGAACUAUAUCCAAAUGUCUGUACCAGGUCACACCAAGAGCGCUGUCCUCCCUCACCUCUCCCCGCUCACACGAUAUCAAGUCCAAGUCCAGGCCCAGUACCAGAGAGGAGAGAGUGCUGCAGUCAGCGGAGAAGAGACUACACUGCAGGAAAUCGGACCUCCUCGGGACCUCGUGACCUCAGACGUGACAGAGUCCAGUUUUGGAGUUUCGUGGUCCUCGGCUCCUGGUCCGGUCCAGUUCUAUCUGGUCCGGUGGAAGUCCCAGUUCUCAGACGAGUCCGGACAAAAGCGGGUUCCGGGAGUCCAGACCAACACAGUCCUGGAGGGUCUCAGUCCAGAGACCAGGUUUCAAGUCUGGGUCAAAGCCGAGUACGGCGAGAGAGAGAGCGAGGAGCUGAGCGGCUUCGAGAGCACAGAAGCCUCAUCCUCCUCCCGCCUUCUCCAGGUGUCCGACCCCACAGAGCGCUCCCUCACAGCCUCUUGGACGCCUGCUCCUGGCCCUGUGUUACACUAUCGUCUGAGGUACCUCCCCCUGAGCGGCGGGCGAGAGCUGAGCGUGAAGGUGCCCGCCACACAAAGCUCCGCCCUCCUGAGGAAACUGACCCCGAUGACCACGUACAGCAUCACACUCCACCCGAUCUACGCCCACGGAGACGGAAAAGCAAGGCAAGGAGUAGGAACAACACUGUCCCCCUAUAAACCUCCUCGGAACCUCCAGACCUCAGAGCCGACACGCACCAGCUUCCGAGUAUCCUGGGACCCGGCUCCAGGCUCCGUCAAAGGCUACAAGGUCACCUUCCACCCCACCGACGAUGAGGUCAACCUUGGGGAGCUGCUGGUGGGACCCCAUGACAACACCGUGGUGCUGGAGGAGCUCAAAGCAGCCACUAAAUACUCAGUGUCAGUGUUUGGGAUGUUCGAUGGAGGAGAGAGCAUUCCUUUGGCAGGAGAAGAAAAAACAACACUGUCAGAUGCCCCGGAUCCCCCUUUACCCGGAGAUCUCGAGUCCCAGUGUAAGACCUCAGCGAAGGCCGACAUCAUUCUGCUGGUGGAUGGCUCCUGGAGCAUCGGACGAAUCAACUUCAAAACCAUCAGGAACUUUAUCGCUCGAAUGGUCAGCGUCUUCGACAUUGGCCCAGACCGCGUCCAGAUCGGCCUGGCUCAGUACAGUGGAGACCCAAAGACUGAGUGGCACCUGAACUCUCACCCGACCAAAGCCUCUCUGUUAGAAGCAGUGGCCAACCUGCCGUACAAGGGAGGGAAUACUAUGACAGGAAUGGCUCUAAACUACAUCCUGCAGAAUAACUUUCGUCCAAACGUGGGUCUGAGGCCGGACUCUCGGAAGAUCGGCGUCCUGAUCACUGACGGCAAAUCCCAGGACGAAAUCGUCAUCAACUCCCAGAACCUGAGGGACAGCGGCAUCGAGCUCUACGCCAUCGGUGUGAAGAACGCAGAUGAGAACGAGCUGCGUUCCAUUGCCUCAGACCCAGAUGACAUCCACAUGUACAACGUGGACGACUUCAAAUUCCUCGUGGACAUCGUGGAUCAGCUCACAGUCAACCUCUGCAACAGCGUCAAGGGCUCAGAUGAGCCGGAGCCAGAGCCAGCGGGUCUGGAGCCACCCAUGGACCUGGUCACAUCUGAGGUGACUCAUCGCUCGUUCAGAGCGUCCUGGAGUCCUCCUGACAUUGCAGCAGAGCAGUACAGGAUCACCUACGUCAAGACCUCAGGAGGACCUACUAUGGAGAUGUUUGUGGAUGGAGAGACCAUGACCGUGCUGUUGGAGAACCUGACUCCUUUGACUGAGUACAGAGUGAACGUGUACACGGUGGUGGGUGAAAUGAGCAGCGAGCCACUCAUUGGGCUGGAGACCACACUCCCGUUGGCCGCUCCCUCUGACCUGCAGGUGUUUGAUGAGAAGGUCACAAGCUUCAGACUGAGAUGGACCGAAGCCAAAGGAGCCACAGGAUACAUUAUCCUCUACAAAGCCCUGAACGCCACCGACGGCCAAGAGGAGAGAGAGGUGCGUGUUGGCCCAAUGAGUUUUCUGGAGUUGACCGAUCUGACCCCUCUCACAGCAUACAGAGUCCUACUGUUUGCUCUGCACGGAGAGAGCACCUCCCAGCCUCUGGAGGGCACCGGCGUCACACUGCCGCUGCCCCCUGCUGGAGCCCUGAGGAUCACAGACGUCACUCACAGCUCCAUGAGGCUUGACUGGGAUGCAGCUCCAGCCCCCGUCCGAAAAUACCUCAUCACCUACAGACCCGAGGACGGGGAUCUAAAAGAGUUGGAGGUUGAUGGAGGUGUAACCACGACUGUCCUGACCAGUCUGCGCUCUCAGACUGAGUACGAUGUCGCAGUGACCCCCAUCUAUGACCAGGGCCCCACUGUACCCAUGCUCAACAGCGCCACCACAGACGUGGUUCCUGCUCCUAAGAAUCUUCGUUUCUCGGAGGUGACCCAGACUUCCUUCAGAGCGACCUGGCAACACGGGGCUCCGGACGUCGCCCUCUACAGGCUGGGCUGGGCCAAGAGAGGAGAGACCAAGCUCAAAUUCGAGAUCCUGGGCCCAGAUGAGACUACUCAUGUUCUUCCUGACUUGGACCCAGACACAGAAUACUCAGUGACUGUGACGGCCAUUUACCCCGACGAGUCCGAGAGUGAGGACCUGUUGGGCAGCGAACGCACCUUGCUGACGGCUCCAGUGGUACCGGCUCAGCCUCCUCAGAACCUGAAGAUUGUGAACUCCACCACGUCCACGCUGACCGCUCGCUGGGAUCACGCCCCAGGAAAGCCUCUCCACUAUCGGGUCACGUACAUCCCUGUGGUCCCCCUGGAUGGAGAGGAGGCCCAGAGUGUUCAGGUUGGGCCUAAGAAGAACACUGCUGUUCUCCAGAAGCUGCGUCCUGACACAGAGUACUCUGUGAGUGUUGCUGCUGUGUUUCCCUCUGCUGUGAGUGCAGACAUAAGCACCCAGGGCAAGACAAAGCCUCUAGGGGGUGUGAGGAACCUGCAGGUGCUGAACCCCACCAUGACAACACUGAAUGUGCGCUGGGAGCCAGCCGAGGGGCGGGUCAGAGAGUACCGCGUCAUCUAUGUGCCAGCAGCAGGGGGCACUGAGAGCAUGGAGCAAGUCUCCGCGGGCACCACCUCCACCAUCCUGCGAGGCCUGACCCCGGACACUCUGUACACAGUGUCUCUGCUGCCCAUCUACGCCGACGGAGAGGGACGAGUUAUGUCUGAAAGUGGCAAAACACGGCCUCUGGGGGGAGUAAAGAACCUGCGUGUGACCAACCCCACCAUGACGUCUCUGAACGUGGACUGGGAGCCUGCAGACGGAGCUGUUCGGCUCUACAAGAUCUUCUACGUCCCAGCGGCCGGAGGGAAUGAAGAGAUGGAGCAGCUUCCAGCCUCCUCCACCUCCACUGUCCUGAGGAAUCUCCAGCCGGACACUCUGUACACUGUGUCCGUGCUCCCAGUGUAUCCGGCUCGAGAGGGAAGGAGGCAGAGUGAGGACGGAAAAACUUUGCCUUUGGGAGGAGUGGACAACAUGAAGGUGUCCAACCCGACCAUCACCACGCUCACUGUGACCUGGAGUCCAGCAGACGGCAACGUCCAAGGAUACAAGGUCAUCUAUGUCCCAGCCAACGGAGGACUGGAGAUAGUGGAGCAGGUAUCUGAGAGCACCACACAGACCGUUUUGGAGAAGCUUCUGCCCGACACAGAGUACAGAGUGACCGUGGUCCCAGUGUAUGCCGAGGGAGACGGACCCAGUCUCAGGGACACUGGGAAGACACGACCUCUGGGAUUCGUGCGUAACCUUCAGGUCACAGACCCGACGACCUCGACGUUAAACGUGCGCUGGGACCCAGCCGAAGGAAACGUCCGAGAAUACAUCGUCAUUUGGGUCCCAGCAGCCGGAGGAGACCAGGACGUGGACCAGGUCUCUGGCUCCACGACGACCACAGUCCUGAGGAACCUGGAGGCAAACACAGAGUACACAGUGACUGUAGUACCUGUGUACCAUGAGAUGGAGGGCAAACCCAUGUCCAAGAAUGGCAAGACCAACCCGAUGGGAGGAGUGAAGAACCUGCGGGUGACGGACCCCACCAUCUCCUCACUCACAGUGCGCUGGGACCCGGCUCCUGGUAACGUGCGCAGCUACAAAGUCUUCUACACCGCACAGCCGGGAGGAGCCGAGAAGAUGGAGGAGGUUUCUGGCGGCACUACCACCACCAUCCUCCGGGGGCUGGACUCCAACACCGUUUAUAAAGUGGCCCUGAUCCCGGUUUAUCCCGACGUGGAGGGCAUCAGACAGGAAGAGCAGGGCAAGACCAAGCCACUGGGGGUAGUAAAGAACCUGAAGGUGACUGACCCCACCAUCAGCUCCCUGCGAGUGCAGUGGGACCGCGCCGAAGGAGACGUGCGACAGUACAAGAUACAAUAUGUACCUACGGCUGGAGGAGAGGAGAGAGUGACGAGUGUGUCGGGUCUGACCACCUCCUCCGUCCUGAGGGAGCUGAGGCCGGACACUCCCUACAGAGUCACUGUGGUCCCAGUGUACUCUGACAUGGAGGGCAGACCGGCCUCCGACACCGGCAAGACCAAGCCUCUAGGAGGAGUGAAGAACCUGCAGGUGACGGACCCGACCACAAGCUCGCUUAAUGUGCGAUGGGGCGCGGCCGAAGGAAACGUGCGACAGUACCGGAUCUACUAUGUGCCGGAGACGGGAGGAGCCGAGGACAUGGAGCAAGUUUCUGGAGGCAGCACCAGCACCGUCCUGAGGAACCUCCUGUCUGACACAGUUUACACCGUGACUGUGGCCCCAGUGUAUCCUGAAGGAGAAGGGCUGAAGCAGGGCGAGAGGGGCAAGACAUUACCCAGGACUCCUCCUCGGAGCAUACAAGUGUAUAACCCCACCCCCUCAACUCUGAACGUUCGCUGGGAGCCCGCCUCUGGACAGGUGCAGCAGUACAGGGUCAACUACCGCUCAGCAGGGGGCAGCAUCGGCUCUGUGAUGGUUCCUGGAAACACCCACAACGCCUUUUUGGACGGUCUGAUUCCCGACACGCUGUACGACAUCACUGUGACAGCUAUGUACGCCGACGGAGAUGGAGGCGACGCCAUGGGCAAUGGGAAGACUCUCCCCAGGGCCGGACCCAGGAACCUUCGGGUCCUUGAGGCCACUACGAGCUCUCUGACGGUGGGCUGGGACCAUGCAGAGGGCCCAGUGAGACAGUACAGGAUCAGCUACGCACCGCUCACCGGAGACCCCAUCACUGAGUUUGCAAUGGUUCCCGGGAACAGGAACAACGCUCGUCUGCUCAACCUGCUCCCGGACACUCCCUACAACAUCACUGUGGAGGCGCAGUACGCAGAGGGGCCAGGGGGGGUGCUCAACGGGCCAGGACGCACAUUGGGGUUGUUGAGUCCAAGAAACCUCAGAGUGUCAGAUGAGUGGUACACCCGGUUCAGAGUGGCCUGGGACCCGGUUCAAGUCCCGGUCCAGGGCUACAGACUCAGCUAUGCCCCCACUGGCACUGGUCAGAGGAUGGACAUGUUUGUAGGAGAGGUGUCGUCCUACACUCUCCACAACCUGCAGCCCGGGACGACCUAUGACCUCACAGUCACCGCUGUGUACUCAGGAGGAGUCAGCGCCCCCCUGGACGGACAGGGAACUACACUGUACCUGAACGUGACGAGCAUCGAGACCUACGAUGUCGGCCAUGACGCUUUCUGCAUCAAAUGGGCCCCACACCGAGCAGCCACCUCCUACAGGAUCAAACUGGACCCCAUUGACCCUAACAGUCUGGGUCAGCAGGAGGUGACCAUACCUGCUGGACUCCCUCAGUACUGCUUUGAUGAACUCUCUUCAGACUCUUUGUAUCGAGCCACAGUCUUUGUCCAGACGCCAAACUUGGAGGGCCCCGGGGUCAGCACCAAAGAGCGCACACUGGUGAAGCCCACUCCAGUCCCAACACUGCCUCCAACCCCAACCCCUCCACCAACCAUCCCUCCAGGCUGGGCAGUGUGUAAAGGAGCUAAAGCUGAUUUGGUGUUCUUGAUUGACGGCUCUUGGAGCAUUGGGGAGGAGAGCUUCACUAAAGUCGUCCAUUUUGUGUCGUCUGUGAUUGCCGCCUUCGACGUCCUCGGCCCGUCCGGCAUGCAGGUGUCGUUUGUGCAGUACAGCGACGACGCCACCACCGAGUUCAAACUGAACGCCUAUACCGAUAAAGGGGUCGCCAUGGCAGCACUGCAUCACAUCCGCUACAGAGGAGGCAACACCAAAACAGGUGUGGCCCUUAAACACACGUAUGAAAAGGCGUUCUCGGUGGAAAAUGGGAUGAGGAGGAACGUUCCCAAAGUAGUGGUGGCCAUCACAGACGGACGCUCGCAGGAUGAUGUGAAGACCAACGCUGCCAAGCUCCAGCACGCCGGUUACAGCGUGUUUGCGAUUGGCGUGGCGGAUGUGGACUUUUCAGAGCUGCAGCUGAUUGGGUCCAAACCGAGCGACCGCCAUGUUUUUGUGGUUGACGAUUUUGACGCUUUCGACACGAUCAAAGAGAACCUGAUCACGUUCAUCUGCGAGACCUCCACUUCCUCCUGUCCGCUCAUCUACCUCAACGGCUUCACUUCCCCAGGCUUCCGUAUGUUGGAGGCCUUUAACCUAACGGAGAAGACAUACAGUUAUCUGAACGGAGUCUCCAUGGAGCCAGGCUCCUUCAACAGCUACACAGCCUACAGACUCCACAAGAACGCCUACAUCUCACAGCCAACCACGGAUGUCCACCCCGAUGGUCUGCCCAGCACCUACACCCUGAUCCUGUUGCUGCGACUGCUCCCAGACUCCCCUUCUGAGGCCUUCGAUGUGUGGCAGGUCUCCACCAAUGACCACAAACCAGAGACGGGCCUCACCAUAGACCCUUCCACUCAGACAGUUUCCUUCUACAACAAAGACCAGACUGGAGAGAUUCAAAGGGCAAAGUUUGACAGCGACGCCGUCAAGAGACUCUUCCAUGGCAGCUUCCACAAGCUUCACGUGAUGGUGUCUGCGUCCUCAGUGAAGCUGAACGUGGACUGUCAGGAGGUGGGAGAGAAGGAGCUGAAGGAGGCUGGAAACACCUCCACAGAUGGAUAUCAAGUCCUGGGCAAAAUGAGCAAGAGCAUCGGGUCCAAGGGAGAGUCUGCUACUUUCCAGCUGCAGAUGUUCGACAUGGUGUGUAGUUUGGCCUGGAACAGUCGAGACCGCUGCUGCGACCUGCCCUCCAUGAGGGAUGAGCUGAAGUGUCCUGCUCUCCCAAAUGCCUGCACCUGCACCUCUCAGUCCAGUGGCCUGCCAGGCCCCCAGGGGCCAGUGGGCGCUCCUGGAAGCAAAGGACCUCGAGGAGAGCGUGGAGAGACGGGCCCUCCUGGCCCCAUCGGACCUCGAGGAGACAAUGGACCCCCAGGACCCAUGGGCCUUCCUGGACCUCAGGGCCCCAGCGGAUUGUCCAUCCCCGGAGAGGCUGGCCGUCCAGGACCUAAAGGAGACCCUGGGGACUCAGGUUUACCUGGGCAGAAGGGUCUUUCAGGACCUCCAGGCCCCACUGGACCCAUAGGACCAGCCGGAGUCCGGGGCCCUCAGGGGAAAGAAGGACCCGCAGGACCCAGAGGAGCUCCAGGUCCAAUGGGACCUCCAGGAUCUCCAGGAGUCCAGGGAAACUCAGGACCUCCAGGAAAACCAGGAGACAACGGCACACCUGGUCUGGCUGGUCUGAAGGGAGACAAAGGAGAGAGAGGGGACUUUGCUCCUCAGAACAUGAUGAGGUCGAUCGCUCGUCAGGUCUGUGAGCAGAUCGUCAACUCUCAGAUGACUCGCGUGAACACUCUUCUGAAUCAGAUUCCUAACGGUCAGUAUCGCAGCAGUAACAGCCCCGGACUCCCCGGACCCCCAGGACCCUCUGGACCCUCUGGACCCAUGGGACCCAGAGGAGAGCCUGGCCCCGCCGGACGCAAUGGCUUCCCUGGGAGCCCAGGUCAGCAAGGGCUGCAGGGAGAAAGAGGAUCCCCAGGAGAGAAGGGCGACAGAGGCACAUCUGUGGUGGGACCCAAGGGCCCCCGAGGCCCCCCAGGCCCCCCUGGUGAGACCAGGACUGGUCCUCCUGGCCUGCCUGGUUCUGCUGGUGCCCGUGGACCCCCUGGCAGACAGGGGUACCCGGGUAUCCGAGGCCCGCCUGGUCCGGCUGGGUACUGCGACUCAUCACAGUGUGUGGGCAUCCCCUACAACGGUCAGAGCUACGCGGGUUCACGUCGUUAAAGAGUCUAAUUUUCACUCAAACGCAGCACAGCACUAACCGGUUCAACCCAGCUCGACUCAAACCGUCGGCUCAGCCAGUCACCGAGCCAAUAACCAACUACUCACCAAGUCUGACUAACCCCAGACUGGAUCAUCUAAGCCUGAGUUACUCAUAGCAACCACUGAGUCUGAACAAACCAGGAAGUGCUCAACCCUCUGUAAACCUCACAUGGAAUUAAACAGGAUUUAGAAUUGACUUUCCUCUCUGUAACCCGAUUCCAAUUUGGUGAAAUGUUCCGCAGUGGGACUUUAACCCUGUUCAAGUGCAGUGUCCCCUGGCGAAAGAAUGUACUACUAUUUAAUGCGGAAAAGAAAGAGUGUUUUUAUUAUCAUUGUGAAAUUGGAGUCAGUAUUGAAUCUCUUUCUUUACACAUUUCAGCAAUCCUGCAAAUUUAAUCUAUCUCCCUCUCUGCAUAGCUCCACCUCGUGAUGUCAACAGGUGGUGCUCCUCUAUGUUUUUAAAGUCCGUUCUCCUUCACAGACUGCCUCUAAACCUGUUGUUCCGCCGAGGUUUGCAAAGGGUUAAAUGACUUCUCUGCUUCAAACUGGCUGCUCACUUAUCCAGCACACACACUAUACUUUAUUUGUGUUUAUUUUUAUGUAUUUUAUUUUAUGAAAACUGGAAAAUGGCGAAAGCAAAGAGGCGUGUCCACAUAUCACUCAGGCCACAGCAACCACGGACCAAUCUCGAACAGACGAUUAUUCAAAGAAUCAACAAACUCAGUUAGUGUUAAAAUCAUAUUCAAAACAAAGCUGAAGUGUCUCCAUGUUUCACCUUGAAGCACCUUUGACAGCUCACACUCAUUUCACUAAAACACUUAAGCUCAUUAUAUUUAAGAGUUUUCCUUUUUUUUAAUAUUUCAUUUUUUUGCUUCCUAAUCUGAAAUGAUGACAUCACACAAGGCGAUAUCAUACUCUCAAACGGCUCAGACACAGUUCUAUUGAUUACACUGGACUUUACCAUGAAAUAUCCAAAAGGGUAAAUUCACACAUUUCUAUUAGAGACUAGAUCCAAGAACACACUGUGUUACAACAACACACAUCUGAGUUUGAACAAGAUUCACGUUAUCUGCUUCAUCUGUGUUAAAUAUGAUUGGACUAUAGAUGUGGUGAUGUCAUCUGAAACACAGACAUUCCAUAACUAUUACCUAGCAACCGUGCGGUACACUGGGCCAAAGCUCCUCUAAUGUCACACAAAUUCAUACAUACACAUUCAUAUUGACAAAUACAAACAUAAGAAAAAAAUUACUUUAUUUUAUUGAAAUCCUGUUUAAAGCCUCAGAAAAAUGUGUUUUUGUGUAAAUUGUUUGGACAGAAUUCUCCCAGUGUGAUGUCAUAUGAUGAUGUCAUCAGUGUGAUGAUGUCAUCAGUGUGAUGAAAUGACAAAUGAGUUACUGAUUUGUGUAAAAGUAUCAUUUACAUUUACAACAGUUUAAGUCACACUUGGAGAAUGAUAAAAAUCUCAUACUAACUUUAAAUGAUCUGAGUCUCAGCCAAAAGAAAAGAGUGACAUUUUAAUCAGAAUGAGAGCGUUCAGAUCUGAGACUGUGGUCCCGCCUCUUUUAACGUCUUUUAUUUUAAAAGUCCCGGAGUCAGCUCCUCUUCCUGUCGCCUCAGGCCAGUCCCCAGUCCAGGCUCUGGACGAGACUCAGUCCCGGGUCCAGAGGAGGUCUCUAAGAACCAGAAAUUAGCUUUGCACACGGCCCUCUGCUCCAACAAGACCAGUCUGAAGCAACAGCGCCACCACCUGGAGGAGUUUCAUAUGUCUGUGAAUAUUUGUGUGGGAAUGAAAGGGUUAAAGGAGAAAGCUACGGAGGCCCUGAAGGUCAAACCACUCCUGUUUAUGUCUCAUGGUACAGAUAUUUUAUUUAACUUUAAUUUAUCACUGUUUAAAUAAAUCAUUUUAACGAGUCACCAUCCUCCUCUGUGAAACACUCAGGACACAUUUACAAAAAAGCCAUGAAUCUGAAUUUUAAAGAGGAAAAAAAUCCCAAAUCCACUGUUGUAUUUUUCUCCCAUGUUCUAACGUUGGUCCUCAUCAAAAACACGUCUGAAGAGGUUUUAGACGUCAUCAUGUUUGAGUAAUCUAGAGAUCUCUCCUGGGCUCUAUUUGAACCCUCCUCAUGUUUUAGCAGUUUGUAUUUUAUCCAUAUGAGUUUCUGAGCUGUCAUGCCGCUGGUGGAGUUUUGGCCUUCAGGGCCACCGUAGCUCCGUGGGUUUUUUCUUUUUGAUAAAUGAUUUGUGCGUCUGCGCGUGUAACAUACGAGCUUCAGUUAAACCUGUGUCACGUCCCUUUAAGAGAAACAUGACGUCAUUCUGUGUCACGUCCCUUUAAGAGAAAAACAUGACGUCAUUCUGUGGUCACAUGACUCUGUGUACUUUUACAUAUGUUUAUUUACAUGUUUAUUUACAUUUAAGCUGUUGUUGUUGUCAUCACAUCAGGAGUCAGUUUGAAUCAGCCCAAUUUCUUAUUUAUUUCAGGAACAAAAGAGGCAUUUUUCAAUAAAACUACUGAAAAUUUUAA